AUGAAGGUGAUAUGUAUUUUAUUAGUCCCGUUGAGAUGCUUGGUCGCUUUCAAUCACUCUUGGAUAAGCAUGAGCAAAGUCUUUGGGAGAUUUUUGCAUAAUUUGUAUGUCAAGGAUACAGACAAAAUAUUUCUCGGCAUUGUGGGUUGGAUCGAACACUUCUUGAACAUUUUGAGGGCUAAAUUCAAGGACCCAGAAAGCGUUACUCUUGAUUUAGCCAGUCUUAAGCCUUCGUCGCCAAUUGAUAAGGAUCGGUUUGUGGACGAGGUUGAUGGCAGGAUGAUUUUGAUACUUAAGAAGAGAAAAAUGUUAAAGGACCUUUUGAGCAAAUCAGCGACUAAUUCAAUGAAUGCCCAACUGGGUGAAUGUAAAGGUUCAUCGGAUACUCCAAGUCCAUACGAAAUUCAACAAUCCAGUUUGCCACAUCAAAAAGCCAUUGACGAAGAAUGGAAAAAGAUUAACGACAAUGUGAUUAACAUGAAUACGGCUGAUAUUGGUUUAGCUGCAGAUGAUAUCGAGGAGUUCAAUUUGCUCACAGAACACGAUAACAAAAGUGACGAUAAAGCCGGUGAUUUCGAUGCCGUGCGCCUAGAAGGCAUGAGAAAAAUUACACUCUUAGAUAAGAGUGUACAAGAAUACCCUCAAACGGAAAUACUCAAAUUACGAGACGCUGUUCAUCAGGAAUUAUGCAAGAUGUUACUUCGGGGAGGUGGUUAA